GACGCUGCCAGGUCGGCCGGGCGGUAGGGUCUGCGCGGAGCUCGCUCCCCAGCGUGCUGGGCGGGGUGUGCGACGAGCGGCUUCCCGGGCAGGCGCGGGCCCUGAGGCGGCGGCUGCGCUGUGCGCCGGGGCGGAGCCGGGGGCGGGCGGGCGGCCGGCGGGCGGGGGCUGGGCCGGAGGAAGCCUGAGCGCCCGCGGCGACGACGGCAGCGGCGGCCCAGCAGGCUAGAAGCGUGGGUCGGCGGCGGCUCCGGGUGCGGCCGCGGGCUGCGGAGUGAGCGGGCGGCCCGGCUCCCCGCGUCCCCCGCCCGCCGCGACUGUCUGGAAGAUGGCGCCGGGCGGAUGGAAAUCCUAAUGACAGUCUCCAAAUUCGCCUCCAUCUGUACCAUGGGCGCCAAUGCCUCGGCAUUAGAGAAAGAGAUUGGUCCAGAACAGUUUCCGGUCAACGAGCAUUAUUUUGGAUUAGUCAAUUUUGGGAAUACCUGCUACUGCAACUCAGUUCUUCAAGCACUUUAUUUUUGUCGUCCAUUUCGGGAAAAAGUUCUAGCCUACAAAAGUCAGCCCAGAAAAAAGGAGAACCUUCUCACCUGCCUGGCAGACCUCUUCCACAGCAUAGCCACCCAAAAGAAGAAGGUCGGUGUGAUCCCGCCCAAGAAGUUCAUCACGAGGCUGCGGAAAGAGAACGAGCUAUUUGACAACUACAUGCAGCAAGAUGCCCAUGAAUUCUUAAAUUACCUACUCAAUNCAAUUGCUGAUAUUCUACAAGAAGAAAGAAAACAGGAGAAGCAAAAUGGCCGACUACGGAAUGGAGACGUGGACAAUGAGGAUAACAACAGCACACCAGACCCAACGUGGGUCCACGAGAUUUUUCAGGGAACAUUAACUAACGAAAUCAGGUGUCUUACUUGUGAAACUAUAAGCAGCAAAGAUGAAGAUUUUUUAGACCUUUCUGUUGACGUGGAACAAAACACAUCAAUUACUCACUGCUUAAGAGGGUUCAGUAACACAGAGACUCUAUGCAGUGAAUAUAAGUACUACUGUGAAGAGUGUUGGAGCAAGCAGGAAGCACACAAGCGUAUGAAAGUUAAGAAACUGCCCAUGAUCCUGGCUCUGCACCUGAAGAGGUUUAAGUAUAUGGACCAGCUUCACCGAUACACAAAGCUUUCUUACCGGGUGGUGUUUCCUUUAGAACUCCGUCUGUUUAACACUUCGGGAGAUGCGACCAACCCUGACAGAAUGUAUGACCUGGUCGCUGUUGUGGUUCACUGUGGAAGUGGUCCCAACCGAGGCCAUUAUAUUGCAAUAGUUAAGAGUCAUGAUUUCUGGUUGUUAUUUGAUGACGACAUUGUAGAAAAAAUCGAUGCCCAAGCUAUUGAAGAAUUCUACGGACUGACAUCUGAUAUCUCCAAGAACUCAGAGUCUGGUUACAUUCUUUUCUAUCAGUCUCGGGACUGAAAGGAGCCACGGUGGGGAGAAGCUUCUACAUGCUUCUCUGGUUGUUUCAGAAAGGAUCAAGCAGAUGUUCAAGAAGAGAGAGAGCGACAGACAGACAGAUGCAGGACGCUCAGGGCAGUAGCUCACUUUGCAUACAAUAAAUCAAAGACUGUGGAUUAACAUGCCUUUCCGGUCACAGUAGUUGAAUUUUCUGCUCAGGAAUCAUGCUGUGUGUGCAGUUCACACAAGGAAGUGAAAUCAGAGACACCAGCUCUCAUGGAAAGCAGCUGCCGGCUGCCCACACAUUUCUGUAGUAAUUGCACCAAGGAUGAUUUGAGUUCCUCAGGAUGGCAGUGGAAGAAUUAGAAUGUGCUAGGCUGAUUGAGCACACUGCACUGUGCGCCAGCGCGUGGGAUGCGUACACUGCGUGGGAGCAGUGGCGGUCUCGUCGAGCAUCCCGGAAAAUACCUUUGGGCCCAACCCUUGCAGUUGCCUUCCUGACGCACAGAGCACAGACACAGAGCCCCGUGUCAGGAGGUCAAAGAUACCCUGCUUCUCUGGAGAAGCGUGUGAUCAUAUACAGUGUAUGUACAUGGAGGGAACAGCUGGUCAAAACUGGCUUCUUGAUUCCCCAAGGGGAAAGACUGGCUUUGUAAUGAUCUUUUUUUCCUUAUUUAUUUUACUUAAACUGGUUGAGUCCAAGCAUUGUGUGAAGUGCCAGUGACUCUACCAGCAAGUCUUAGCAUAUUUUAUUAGUUUGUCAGCUGAAGUAGCCCUGUUAUUCAUUUCUGUUUUCAAGGUGAACUGAACAUUGUAGCUGAAAUCACUAAGAUAAUCAUGAGAUGAUUGCAAUGAGCGGGGUCGGUGCUGUCAGGAGGGACUGUCUCUGGCUAGGCUUUUGUUCUUGGGUUAUAGUUUGUCACUUUUUUUUAAGCUUUAAUUUCAGUAAAGUAGGAAUUCCCUGUUGCUAGAAUGAUGAAGGAAGUCCCAGCGUGAAACCGGCACUCUGCCAGCCAGAACCCCAGGACCGCGCACAGCUGCGGCGUCGCGGCGGCAUUCUUCCGGUCUCCUUUUAGCCUUGGGAAGGACUAGUAGAACAGCCAGAGCCCCAGCAGCAGCAGGGCAGCUCACGCCCUUUGGAAGGUGACAUUUUAGAGAAGUAGU